CUUGGUCUGGCAUGGCUCGUCCCGCUUUGAUCCGACCAUCCGCCCCUAGAAUAAAAGCUGUUGACGUUUGGAUCCAUUUUUACCUGAAAAAGGUCCCCCUCGGACUCCAUCAGACUUUCUCUCUUCUUGUGUUCUCUCUCUGUCUGCUUUGCUCUGCUCUGCUUGUUCUCUGUUUCUGUUACGUACUGUUGCAGGUCGUGUGUGAGUAAAGAGUGGCUAUUAUCGCUGUCGCCACGGAUUCUCGGUUGUUUGGUUGUGUCUUAUUGUGGUCCAUUUGAAGUGUCACCUUUCCUACACACGUUGAACUUUACAUUUGUAUGACUUCGUUUCGACGUUGCUCCUCCUCCAUCACCUCAUCAAGCGUAUUUGGGCAAGUUUUGAUUAUUUGCUUGGCCCCUCUCCGUCCGCUGCAGUGCUCUCCAAUAGUCGUCUUCAGCUUUGUAGGUCUAGUGUUGGUUGGCUUAUAAGCCCAUCUUCACAACCAGGCUCAGGAAGCUGAAGUUAUGGCGAGCGAACAAGACGUGGUGACGCCGGCCCCGGCAACGGCCCCGCCUCCGAAGGACACCCCCGAAAACACGGCCGCCGUGGACUCGGCCGCUGAGGAUAAUACCGACCCCAGUAAGACGCAUAUCAACAUCGUCGAGCAUGCCCGUUCGGCUGCCCACAAGGAGCGUACCAUGACCCUCCGCCAGGGCAUCAAGCUCUAUCCCAAGGCCAUUUUCUGGAGUAUCCUCAUCUCCACAUGUAUUGUAAUGGAGGGCUAUGACAUCUCUCUCGUCAAUAACUUUUAUGCCUUCCCGCAGUUCAACAAGAAGUAUGGCGUCCUUGGUGAUGAUGGAGAAUAUCAGGUACCAGCUGCGUGGCAAGCUGGUCUGAGUAACGGAGCCCAUUGUGGCGAGAUCAUUGGUCUUUUUAUCAACGGCUGGAUCUCUGAACGAUUUGGUUAUCGUUACACUGUCAUGGCCUGUCUCGCCUGUGUAGCUGGCUUCACAACCAUCUUCUUUACCGCCCAGAACGUUCAGACUCUGCUGGUUGCUGAAAUACUGUGUGGUAUCCCGUGGGGUAUCUUCCAAACACUGACCAUCACCUAUGCAUCUGAGGUUUGUCCAGUUGCUCUGCGUGGGUACUUGACGACGUAUGUCAACUUCUGCUGGGGUCUUGGCCAGGAGAUCGGCAUAGGCGUCAUCCACGCCAUGCUCAAGCGCAUCGAUGAAUGGGCGUACCGCAUUCCAUAUGCUCUCCAGUGGAUAUGGCCCUUGCCACUCCUCGUUGGCAUCUUUUUUGCGCCCGAAUCGCCAUGGUGGCUGGUCCGGAGAGGUCGUACCCAGGAUGCUAAGGAGGCAUUGCUUCGCUUGACCAGUCUCGAUCGCGAGACUGACUUUGACGCUGACGAAACUAUCGCCAUGAUGGUACAUACAACUGCCCUUGAAGAGAAGAUCACAUCAGGUGCAAGUUACUGGGACUGCUUCAAGGGCACAGACCUUCGCCGUACCGAGAUCGUAUGCAUGAUCUGGGCCAUUCAGAAUCUGAGCGGCAAUUCAUUCUCCAACUAUUCCACCUACUUCCUUGAACAGGCUGGACUAUCAGCCGACAAGGCAUAUUCAUUUGCCCUGGGCCAGUACGGUAUCAAUAUGGCCGGAGUUUUUGGUGCUUGGGGUCUUAUGACUUUGGGUAUUGGCAGACGAUCCUUGGUUCUCUAUGGUCUCUGCGGUCUUUGUUCCAUGCUGCUCAUCAUGGGUUUCCUUGGUCUAGUGCCCGAGGCUCAUCGAAGCCAAUCAUCGCUCGCCACAGGCUGUAUGAUGAUUGUAUGGGCGCUGUUCUACCAGUUGACCAUUGGAACUGUAUGCUAUUCUCUUGUGGGAGAACUGUCGUCCCGGCGUUUGCAGAUCAAGACAGUUGUUCUUGGACGUAACCUCUAGUAAGUCACGAAUAUUGCAAAAGCCAGGGGAUGAUGUCGUCAGUUGGCGUUCAGCCAUGACCGAACUGUUGUUACUGAGAGCUAACCAGAUUUGACUACAGCAACGUUGUGGGCAUCAUCAACAGCGUUUUGACUCCUUAUAUGCUCAACCCCACAGCCUGGGACUGGGGUAAUUAUGCGGGAUUCUUCUGGGGUGGUAUUUGUUUCUUGUGUAUCAUCUACACCUUCUUCCGCCUACCAGAGCCAAGCGGGCGCACAUUUGCGGAGCUCGACGUGCUUUUUGAGCGAGGCAUUAGCGCAAGGAAGUUCGCGUCUACUGAGGUGGAUGUAUUCCAUGAGACCGUGGAGGAGAAUGUCAUGAAUCGGUACGAAGAACUCGCGGACACGCCCUCUGAGAAGGUCCACGACAAAGCAUAGGUUGGCAGAUUGUAACUGCUCAGCUUCCUAUGCACUCUUGCUCCGGGGCAAAAGAUGAAUACGUUGAUGAGAUGAUUGUACCCUGAUGUCGCAAAUAUCCCAGCAAAGUAUCACGUAUUGAGCUGGAAUGCGCCACAUGCAAGAUGCAGAGAUCUUGGUAAGGGGAUGUCUCGGAUCUUAGUCGGCAUUGACAUAUGCCUUGGCACUUGGAUCACACAGGCGUUGGCGUUUAGGAGUAAGCUCCAUAUCCUAUAGACUUGCAAAAUGUAGUUGCAAAAAAUGGGAGGCUCCAGUAUGCAAUUUGGUUGAAGGCGUCAUAAUGAUUGACUUAAUGAUAUUCCCUUGGAUACUGUGUUUCUUUUGGCGAGACUAUGACCAGUGUUUGAAGCCCCCACGUUUUGGUAAUUUCAGUUUGAAAUGUUCGGAUGGCCACUCUCAUAGACCAAUCGACGUUUCUGCGCCCAACUACCUUGUGGGUUUCUGUAAAUAUAGUAUAUACCGCAUCCUGAGGCUUGCAUGGUUCAGCAACGGCAUAUGUACUGCAGUUGCAGAAUACACGGGACCGGGCCGGUCACGAGGACGGAACCGGUGCAUGGGAAAUGCGCGUGUUUGUGGAUUCCAUAACGGUAGAGCCCGGUACCCGAAGCAUGGGCUCGGUGACGCACGCAGUCAGGGCUAAAGUGAGCAUGGAGACAGUACGGAGUAGUGGGAGCGGAAUCUGGACAAGCGGAGAGACAAUGGGCGUCGAUUCAAAGGGCGCUGUCCUGUCCGUACCCUAAGAGCGGACCCGCUGCUACAGACAGGCCCAGCGGAAGACCCAGAAUGGGACGCGCGGUGAAGAGGCCGGAGUCGACCGGACAGCUGGAGAAUAAAUCGACAGUCAUUGGAAACAGGUCAGGGUCGGAUUCGGUUGCCGGCGGUUGAUGGGAGCUUUCUUUUCUUUUCUCGCUCCUUUCUCGGUAUGGCCUCAUAUAUAAGCUGAUCUCAGCAGAUAUAUGGGGUUGUACCAGUGUUGGUGUGCUCUGUGGACGGAAACUAUCGCUGAAGAGUAUGUAUAAGAAAGCUCGUACGGGCUGUUGGAAAGAGUAUCAUCAAAUGCCGGUCUUAUGUAGUGAUGGAUCGAAUGCGGAUGAAACGGGCUUUUGACAUGUGCAAGCUGCUUUGAACCGUCCUGCAUGUGCCCAUCCAUAUUUGCUUGACAAGGAUCCAUCGAGAUCCCGGGUUACAAGCGGCAGCUUCUGUACGUACAGUACUCAGAUCAUACUAUCCCGAAGCGGCAGGCAAUUGGUGACAAAACAUCGUCAUUCGAUAUGUUAAGAAGGGACAAUUCGAUAUUGUCGACUCGACUGGAUAAAUUGGUGGACCAUGCUCAUUGUUGUGUUUACUUGGAAAUGAAUUACGAUGGGCAAAAGGAACAAGACCCCAACAGGGUAAAGACAGAACCUGGAACCGCCUCAGGCGCACCACUCAGCUUGAGGCGUUUCUUUAGGAAAGAAGGAACGACAUGGAGAAACAACAGGGAGGGUUUCACAUAUUACACUAGGACUUGACAUUAUUAUCCUCUACUUGGCAUAUUGUGUUAUCUAUAGAGCCUAAAUGGCAGUUGACAGAACUACUAACUAACCUGCGGAUAGAGCAAGGUAGUUCAUAUUUAAACAUACUGGUAAUGCCAACUCUCCUCCUACCUUUUGACUCACAGUUCUAGAGUCUGUGUCAUUCACCGUUAAAGAGUCACUCUUGUCUACACGUAACCCUAGCCAAGAGUCAUGUCAUGGCAACUA